UAAGAAGAAAAUACCGCGUAACUCCGUGCAAGAUGAGUAAGAAAAUGUGGCGUAAGAUAUUCAAAUCGAAGCCUCAAAAGCAACAACAGCAGCAAUUGAAUAAAAUCAAUAAACGACACAGUCGUGGCAUCUAUGAGGAAUAUCAACAAUUAAACGAGCUGCUCAGUGGCGAGCAACAUAAAUCGCAGAGUUUGUGCAGUGAAAAUGAACAUGAAAUUGAAAAUGGGAAGAACGGCAACACAAAUGUGUUUGAGCAGCAGCCGCAGCAAAGUUCUUUCAACUCCGCGGCGCUGCUCAGUGAGGCGCAACAGGAACAGCAGCAGCAGCAACAAUCGCAGCAGCUGUCCACAUUUUCGCGCGUACGCAACACAUUCUCACUGCGACGCAGUAGCAACAACAACAACAACAACAGCAACAAUGGCAACAAAAAACAGACGCCCAAUCCGAAGUCAACCACCAUGGAGUCCGAUCCAGUUGACAAUGAUCAGAUAGACGAAGUCAAUGAGUUAGAGUCGCCGGGACCUAUUACCACAGGCGCCUCCAUCCCCGUUCCAGAGCAUGCUGCAGUUGGAGAUCUUUCGGAAUGUCCCUGCUGCAAACGCACCUUUAAUCCGAAUGCCCUACGCAAGCAUGUGGCGUUCUGCGGGAAAAAGCGCAAAGUUUUUGACUCUUCGCGCCAGCGCCGAGAGGGCACUGCGCUCUCCACCUAUGUGCUGCCGAAGAAUUUUGGGCUGCCCAACGCAGAGAAGGCGGCUGGAUUACAUACGCCUCCCGGGGUUAGUCGCGAAUCGUCUUCAAUAGCAAGCGGAGGUUCACAACAGUUGCCACCCACGGAUGCUGCUGCAUCCCCGGCGUCGACUCGCCGCAAAUCCAACACGGAUCAGGCUCGUGCGACUGCACGUUCUUCCUUGAAGAAAGCAGCUGGCGCUGCAGCAGCCGAGACUCCAGGAGCAGCUGCUGCUCCGCCGGGUCUUACACGUGAUAGGAUGCGCUCCUCGGAUCGUUCAAUUAGUAAACGCAUUAAGGAUACAGCUUCAGAGCGUUGCCCACAUUGCGAACGCAGCUUCAAUCCAAAGGCCUUUGAUCGCCAUGUGGAGUGGUGCAAGGAGAAGGCCAUUCAGGCGAACAUCAAGGCGGCCAACACCGUAGAAACCAACAAGGCCAAGGAACGCAUGGAGGCUCGCAAGCAGUAUCGACCUCCCAAUCUCAAAACCAAACGCUCGUUGAAUCGCGACAAGUACUCCGGCUCUAUUGAGGAACAACAACAGUACGAGGCUGAAAUGGUUGCACAAAAGCAAACACUAAUGUCGCUAUCGGCCAUGACGUCGUCCGUUCAAAGUGAUAACGGCAUCAGUCCACUCACCAAUAGCAAAUACGAUCCUUUUCUGUCUGCUAAACGUCAGCUCGAGGAGCUCUGCUCACCUGGCACGCCACCAGACAACGAGCCAGGUUCCUCCACUGCAACACACACGCCCAAUGCCACACUCAAAGUCACACCAACGAGCAUGUCCACCUCGCUGACGGGUUCACUUAGCAAACCUCAGACGACCUUGACGACACCGACGACAGCCAAGACAACGCCCACCUCCAACUUUCGACGCACUUCAUCAUUGCGAGGACCACGUCGCACACCACUGCUACCUAGUCGGCCGCUCUUCGCCACCAACUAUCGUCCUACCAUCCAGCGAGGUCUCUCCGACGAGGGUCCCAUCUCGACCAACUUCCUUAAGCCCGAGGAGUACGACGAGAUGCCAGUUCGAGCUGCUUGCGGCAAUGAUUUCCAUAGUCCUCGCGUUGUGCGUCGCGAUACCAGUGCCUCCAACCGCAAGCAGCAACUCAAGCUCCCACUCGGCGUGGGCAACGAUACCAUAGAGAACAGCAGCAACGAGUCCAAGCAGCAGCAACCAGUCCGCAAUGUGGCCAAGACGGACUCCCUCGCAGUGUUCCUUAAGUAUGAGCACGAAUUAGAGCAGUUGAAUGCGAAGGCGGCCGAAGUGGCAGCCAUCAGCAAGGAGCUAAACAGCAAGGAGCUCAAGGAUAAAAGCAAUAAUCUGAGCAAACAGAAUUCGGCCAAGAACCUCACUACAAGCAGCGGACAAUUGCCACCACUAACCACUCCUGUAACAACGACCUCCACUCCAGUCGCCAAGGAGAACAAUGAAAAUCAGGCAUUCAACUAUGCAACGCCACUCCGCUUGGAGCCCAUUAGCAAGCCAACGACUCCGCAGUUGAACUCGACAACGCAAAGCACAGGUAACAACAGCAGCAGCAGCGGGGUGCCCAUCAAGCUGGAGAGUAUUUUUGGAAACAAUCGAUUGGGUGAUUAUAUUGAUCCCUUGCUGAUCAAUCCAUGUGAUAAUCUGCACGUGCAGCAGCAGGCACAGUCAUCCACUGGCUCAUCGAAUGCCAGUUCCACGCCACAUCAGCAGCUCUCCCAGAGCCGCUGCAGUUCGCAGUCCACUAUUACCAUGGGCCAGGAUCAGCAGCGUAACUCGGGGGAUGCAAGGAAUCUACUCAAGAGGAAAAUGCGAUUGGGACGCAAUCAAUUCCUGUACGAUGCCUCCCCAGAGGAGGCGUACAUCUCGUCGGGCAGCUGUGCUGAUGAUGAGGCGAAUCGAUCGUCCCUGGAAUUCGAUGAACAGUGCUGGCAACAGCAGCAAAAGCAGCUGCUCUCGAAUCCGAUCAGCAUGCCACUGACAAUGCCAAAUAUGCCGCCGCUGCCCACAUUCGAUGACUUUGAUUUCGAGGAAUUUCUCUCAUCAUUCGAGAAUGAUAAUGAUGAGGAGCAAUUUCCACUGUUUCGGGAUUGUCGCGAGUUUCUCUUGAAUCGCACAACGAACAGACAACGCUCGUUCCAGAAAGCAACUUCGACUCCGCAUACACAGUCCCAGUCACAGUCCCAGACCCAGACCCAGGCUCAGAAUCAGACGCCGACUCAGACCAAACCCCAAUCACAGACACCCACAACAGCCACACAAAGAGCUACCCCUAGCGGGAUUAGCUCUCAGCUUAUAAUGUCGCCCAGCAGUCAAUACUAUACAGCAUCAACUAAAGAAAGUUACGCCCACAGAUCCGAUUCGAACGCAUCGAGCAAGACGUCACAGAGCAGCAACCGUUCGUACAAAUCUAUGAACAGCUUCGAUGAGAAUACCCAAAAAAGUUUGGAUGACUCGCAGAAGCGCGAGAUUUUUAUAAGCAUUGAGACGGAAGCAAACGCCCAAGGACAUUCGCCCAUCUCGCCACAAUCGCUGCGUCACAUGGUGGGCAAUGCACAGACACCCAUCGAUGUCCUGCAUAUUGAGAAUGGCAAUGAACCGGAACACGCUAAGUUCAGCAAGAUCAGCGACACCGAAGAGGAUCACCUCGACGCUGAGAUCGAAGAUGACGCCAGGCACGUUCAUUAUAGCAAACGGUCGGUUUUAUCCUCGAUCCCAGCACCGACAUUGCCAUUGCCCAAUGUGAGGGCAAACAAUGCCAAGAAUGAGAUUGAGAAAAGGCUCGGCGAGUUCAAGCAGAUAGGUGAGGAGUUUGGCGACUCUGUGCGCCGCAAUGUGUUGCAGCAUCAGGAGCAUGUGCAGCAGGUAUUAAAGUGUAACUCACAUUUAUCGCCAUCACCCUCAGGAGAUUCGGAUGAGCUAAGCAGCCUAGAUGGUUAUCCCAUGUCAUCCUCGCAGUCAUCUCGUCGCGGCGCAAGCUCCAAGCUUAGUUCUGACUCUGCUUACGGCAGCAGCAGCAACUCCCCCAACAGCCUGUCACAGCGUUCUGGGGAUAAGCAGCUACACAUAAGCAAUGCUCAGCGUUCCCAAAAACAGUUGCGCCCACACACCGCCGGAGGUGCCUUGGCCUCGGGGUCGGGCAAACCAGCAAGUCGGAGCAAUAAGUCGGAUGCCUCAACACAAGCGCAAACCAAUUACGGCACCCUUAAAGCACGCCAGCAGCUGUACGCCGGAAUUGGUCCUAGCGAUGGUCAGGCUGGUUACUCCAGUAGCUGUUCAGAGAUUUCAUUGCCAGUUGCUCAGCCGCAGCAGCAGCAACAGCAAAAUUCAAAUUUCAACUACCAUCAACAGCAACAACAUCAACAUCAGCAGCAAUCUCAAGUGGAGACAGCGUACAAUAACAACAACAACAACAACAACAACAAUAAUAACAACUACGAACAUAGUGCGCAGAACAACAUGAACAACAACACAAUCAACGCUGCCAGUACAGCACUUGCAUCCUCACAGCAUUCACUUUCGAGCAACACGUCCAACGGAUCAUCUAGCAUGACUGCGAGUAUGAAAAUGUCGAAUUACUGUUACGAAUGCGGCUCCAAGUUCAUGAUUGGGCACGCCAAAUUCUGCGUGGAGUGCGGCGUAAAACGCGUCGCUCUCUAAUCCAAUUAAUAAUUUUGUUGUUGUUGUCAUACAUAUCACAGACACAUGCACACACUUAGACUAUCAUUGCGAGCAUUAGAGAAGAACAACCAAAAGUAGAGUCAUAACAUACUAUCAAUUAAUGAAGCCACUAACAAUUGUGAAGAUAUCAAGUGCACUUACAUAUUCUAUUGCAUAUAUGUACGCUGCUUAAAUAUAUUUUAAUAAUAAAAAAAUAAAAAUACAAAAAAAAUGCAAUAUUAAUUACAAAUAACAAAUAAAGAUCAAAAUAUAUUUAUUAUUAUCGAAUGUAUAAGAACUAAACACUUUUAACCGAGUUGUUGAUUAACCAAGACUGAACAAAUUUAAAUAAAAAGAGCGGUGAAAGCGAUAUGUAACCAAAUCAAAUGACAUCAAAAUUAUAUAUCAUACAUUUCGGAAAUUUCUGAAUUUGUAAACUAAUUUUAUAAACGCUUUUUGAAAACAAUAUAAUGAGCACACAAUACAUAUGGUAGAGCUGACUUUAAUAAAAUUUGAAAUAAAUUGAUUUGAUUCUCGUGUAA